AUGGCCAAAUUGGCAGAAGUAGACUGCCAUAUAUUCUGCGCUCCAGGCGCUUCCAAGGAUAUCUGUACGCUAUCCCCUUCGCAAAACCACGAUCCCACUACCCCGUCUCAUCCUACCACGAUGGAAGCCAGUAUAACUGCGACCGGACUUCGACGGGCUGGUGGGCCAAAGCUCUGCGACAUACCGUACAACAGCCGCACAACCGUGAUUGAACAACUUCCAUUUCAGGAACUGCAGCCCAUUCUCGAAACUUGGAAGGUUUGCGGGUCCAUGCAGUCUAUGGAGUGCACGCCGUGCUAUGACGACUCUGCAGAACCGAUUCUAACAUUACAAGUUAUGGUAGACACUCCACGAGAUGAUUCUCGGGAGAACUGGCUCCAGGCAGCACAGGAGAUGCACGAUCUUCUUCGCAGACACGGCUUGGGACAUGUGACUGUUGAUAUUAUUGACUGGCGUCUGAAAGUUGGCCCCAAUAUUCUUAUAUGCGAGCCGACUGACGCAAUUUUUUCCAAGUGGGAUAUGGUUCGCAAACGCAUCCUAGACUCUGUUGAUGUGUCUGGAUUCCAAAUGCUAGGCUGCUAUCGUAUGGGCUACAAGGAUGUGGAGUACAAACCGACUAUCCUCAUCACUGUCGAUCCGAAAUCAGAGCGAAACUGGAAACUCGCUAAGCAGGAUGUCAACAAUAUCUUGAACGAGUUUGACCUUUCUAUGGUGGACGUGGAGAUUUAUAAAGAUCGCAGUAUCUUUUGCGCCCGUCGACCGUCGAUUCAGAGUGAAAUCAACUCUCGUUAUCUUGUUCAUACCCGCGAAGGUCCAAGAGUAGCCACGAUUGGACAUAGUGUAGGUGCUCGGGAUAGCGACACUUAUGGCACCUUCGGGGGAUGGCUCAAUAUACGGCAAAAGCCUGACUCUGAAUGGGAGCCAUUUGGCUUGACAUGUCGUCAUUGCAUAUUCGAUAAACAUCGCCAAGAUGCGUUAAUAUCUGAAUCAGCACAGGAGGUCGACUGUCCAACUUAUGGCAAGGUCAAAGAGUGCAUCGAUAAACUUACGGAGACAGUCUCAUACCUCAAGAGAGGAGAACCUUAUCGCACCUUGGAGCAACUUAGAGUGGAUGGAGACCUCCCAGACGACCGGAAAGCAUUGUGGCGAAAUCUCCGAGAUCUCAUCAAGUCUCAUGAAGACGAUCUUACACAUCUACAUUCCUACUAUGAUUUAAAGACGUAUAGGUUUGGCGAAGUCUGGGCGCAUUCUGGCGACGGCACGACUAGAAUCAUGGAUUGGGCUCUUCUAAAGCCCCAUCCGACCCGAGCGUGUCCAUCUAAUAAAUUUGGCCAAUUUACCGAGAGAUAUCUUCCAAUGUUCCUGAAAGCUGAAAACGGCUACAUAGAACAGGGUCUGCCGUUGGAUCAUGGCCAGCCCCUUCACACAUACGGUUGCGAAUCGAAUGCGGCUAUCUGCAGAUACAGCAUACUCCCCACUACGAUUUUCACUGUUGCAGCGAACGGGGAGCGGCGCGCGACAGAUGAGCAGUCGGUCUGUCGUCGGGCAUCGCAGCCUUCUUUCGAGCCCGGUGACUCGGGGGCCCUUCUAUUCACAGGCUAUGGCAAUGCAGUAGGAAUGGCCUUUGGUGGACAAGUUCAGGGACAGAUAGUGGUUUUCACCCAUAUCGACGACCUCAUCGCAGAUAUCAAAGAACAGACUGGGGUUGACGAAGUAGUCUUUUACACACAGGAAUGGCCUGGUGAACCGAGCAGAGGCCCUGGGGAGCGAGACAGUGGAUAUUGA